UUUCAUUUUAUCUCUCAAUCUGUCUUCUUCGUAUUGUUCAUUUUUCUUUUUAAAAGCACUUUGUCUCAAUGUCUGAUGUCGCUUUGAUUCUGUUCGGGUUCGGUGUGCGAUAUAAAUAAUGCGAUGAAAAAGUCAAGACGGUCUUGAAGACAGUCACAGGUCCAUUACUGAUAAGAAAAAUUGCAAGGUAGUGGAUAGACCAAGGGAUGCCAUUUGAAAGAUCUGGGAGAUGUUUGGAUCGGCUGCUACAGUCCUUGCUUUUUUGUUUGUUUGUGCUUGGACAUCUUGUGGAUGCAAUGGAAACUGUAGCCUAUGAAUUCGGAAAGAAUUGUACCUCCAGUCCAUCAUCGGACAGGCACUAUCAAGGGAUUGUCAAUGAAAAUCGGCAAUUGGACAUCACCUAUGAAGGAAAGACUGUCAAUGAUUACUGUGCAACCAUCUCGUUCAAAGGCGUUGGAGAUGGUCCAAGUGUAAGGGACGAGUAUAAAGUGUGCGUAACUCCAGUACACUUCAAUGAUCCAAGUUGUUCUGUGCAAUUAAACUUCACAGAGAAUUCAUCACUUGAUGUUUUUAAGAGUAUAGACUGCAUGAACUAUAAUGUAUCCAAAUUCUGCGGUGGACAGAAAAACUUGGUCUUCAUGGAGUUAAAGGUGCUAAAUGAAAGUGAAGUCUCCAGAGCUAACUUCAAACUACUGGUCACUGCAGAGAAGGUUUACAUAUAUGAAGAUAGUUCAGUGGCAGAUUCAGUGGUGUAUUAUGUUGUGGGGGCAGUCAUCGGAGUCAUUAUUGUGGUUUCGUUUUUUGGAAUCAGGAAGUUCCUAGCAUCAAGGAGAAAAAAGAGAAUGCAAAUGCAAAAUCAGGGGAAAUAAAUAAUGCAAGUAUGAACCACACUGUGUAACGAUUUUAUUUGCAUUUACUGUAAACCAACCUUUAUUCACAAUGACUUAAGUUUGCAGUUUUCUGGGGCUGUCUGGUUGGCGAGGAUUAUUUUUCACAACCAAGCCUUUUGCGGAUCCAUGUUGUUAUUACAAUUCUACAAUUCUGACUGGAUUGCAGCAAGAAAUAUUCACGAUGACAAGGCUCUCACAAAUGUAGCGAAGAUUUGUUGGUUUACAGUACUCAUUGUUUUGAUAUAUUUAAACCUUAACUUAUUGUCAAUGUUCAAAUAUGGUUUUUCUUAUUACAUGUAGUUGCAAAGUUUUCAUGGAAAUGCUACCUUUGACACUUCUUUAUAUAUAGAAUAUUUAAUUAAUCCUUCAAAUGCAGUAUGACAUUUAUGCAUGAACUUUUUGGCUUGAACCAGAGUUUGUACAAAUAUGUUUGUUGCAUUAAGUGAUACAAUUUUAAUAUUCAAAUUAUUUCUCAAACUGUGUAGGAAGAGUUUAAAUUGGUUUUUAGCUCACCUGAGCAGAAAGCCAAUUAAGUGAAUUUUUCUGAUCAUUAUUUGUCCAGCUUUGAUUUGUUUGUCAAUCCAUCUGUAAAAUGAGAGAGAGAGAGAGAGAGAGAGAGAGAGAGAGAGAGAGAGAGAGAGAGAGAGAGAGAGAGAACGUCAGAAUUAAGGAAGGAAAGGGAAUAUAUAUGAAAAAUUUUCCAAGUUCAUGCUAUUUAAUAUUUGAAUUGAAAACAAUAUCAAAGGAAGCCAGUAUGGAGUUUAUUGUUACCAUUAUCCCUUUUAAGUCAAAUUGGGAUCACAGUCUGAGAGAGCUGGAGAGAAAGAGGGCUCCAAUUUUAUACUCAGACUUUUAUAUGAGAAUGAUAGAGGAAUAUUAAACCUUUUGAUUGGAAUUAUAGUAAGCUAAUAUGAAGAUUUACUUCUUUGACCAUUAUUAGAAUGGGCCACAAAAGGGUUUAUCAUUUUGGGAGGAUGUGUGAAUUUUUUUUAAAUAUACAGUGUAAUAUUAAAACAAGCUAAUGUAUAUAUAAGUUUAUUGAAUUAUGACUACAUAGAUUCUUAAAGUGGUCAAAAUGUGGUUCAGAUUUUUUACACUAAAAUAUAUAGAGAUAAAUGGACAUGGGUUCCUUAUAAGCAAUUUUAUUUGUAUGAAUAUUCAUCUCAAUUUUUCAAACAAUGACCUGGGAGAGGUACAAGAUUUGGGACACAAUGGGGUCCAAGUUUAUUGGCUAAAAUGCAUGUGUAUGGGAAAAAAAUCUGCAGAAUAUGAUGGCUCAUAUUUGGUGAAUUCAAUGAAAGGUAUGAACAAUUAUGGCAUAAAAAAUAUUAUGUCAUAGAAUACCAGUGGUUUUAUCAUUGUGCUGGCCUUUGUAAAGCUACUUUGGUCAGAGGGAAGCCGGUUGACCACUUUUGUUCAGGUGAGCAAUGUUGACUGUGGGCCACUUGUUAUAUAACAUGUAGUACAUGUAUAUGAUAGUGUAUUUCUGUUCGUUUUAAAGGUCACAAGUUGUGGCACAAAAUAAAUUCAACAGGGGCACCAUUCUCCACUAUCAACAAGUUCACUGGAUUCAAAAAUGAUAAUUAUGAAACUUAUUAAAUAUAUUAAUAUUAAUUAAUUCAAUUACGCUUAUGAAUACAUGGUUAUUUAUUGACUUAUACAAUUGAUAUUGUUUGGGAAGUCAUUUUUGUUACGUAAGCAUUUAGUUUAUGUUUAUGUUUUUGUAUUUCAGGGAUUUCAUAUAUAUACUUGGUAACUUGUUACUUUGAUAUUAUAUUGUUUUGAAAUGCAAGGGAAGGUUUUUAUUGCACACAAGUUUUGUAGCAAAUGAAACAUCGAUAUUACUUGUAUGUAUGAGAUUUGAAAUUUUAUCUAGUCAGGGACUUUUAACAAAAAAACAACUUUACACAAUUUAUUAUGAACUUGGCAUAUCAUGUUGAUAUUGUUUUAAUUUUUUAUGAUUCUUGUUGUGUUUUAUAUCAUGAAAAUUGUACUCCAGAAUUUCAUGAUUCUGUGUACCUGAUUAUGGUUUUUUUAUUGUAGAAGAUGAAAUAUUUCAAUUAAAUGUAUCAUUUAUUUUGA